AUGACUAUUGAAGAAUUGACAAUGAAGUUCGAUGAGCGAAGUAUCUAUAAUUCAAGUCCUAACUUGAUCAAGCUAUUGAUUAGUAAAGAUUUGCCUACUGCAAAGGAAUAUCUAAAGACUCACCUAUCAACGGAGUAUUUACCUAUGCUUAAUCAGUUUGGUCACUAUAUGCUUGAGGCUAUCAUUAUUCAUGUACUAGGGUUGGUGUUCAACUGUGUUCGGGAUUUAUCUGUAGUUAGGGUAUCUACUUUGUUGGAACAGCUUGAUUCUGCUGUACGAGAUCAAGCAAGAUUUAUGUUAAUAAAAGCAGCGGGUAGUGGUAAGGUGGAAGGAGUCGUCACUAGUAAGGCUGAAUCAGAUAAGGAUGCAGUGAAGUUCGAUUCCAAAGGAGCUACCAAGAAGGGAAAAGUCAAAGUUACUAGGACUCAUUAUGCGAUCGGGGUCCACUUGGUCAAUUUCUUGGUGGAAAGAGGUCUUAUACAUUUGUCAAGUGAAGUGAGCUUUACAGAAGUACCGGUGGUUAAUAAGAAAGGUAAGGGCUAUAUACCAAUAAAUUGUUAUGCGAUGUGUAAUUUUGACUUCAGUCUGCUUCCUAUAAAACUCAAUCUUCCGAUGGUUUGCAAUCCGUUACCUUGGAAUUCAACUGAAGAGUCACCAACAAUGUUAACGGAUCUUUCAGGGGGUUACUUAAGCGGACCUACCUUAGACAUCUAUAAUAGGUUUCGUAUAUUAACUUCUCGUGACUUGAGCCAUUUCUAUGUCACUUUGAAAUAUUCAGGGUACAAGCGUAUGUGCACUAUAUUGAAUAGUCUUCAGUCUCAAGUGUUUGAGAUAAACAAUAAGGUAUUGGAGUUCAUUCUUCAAAAUCGUAAUCGCUUAGUUGAAUUGGGUCUUCUUAUGCCAAGAAAUCUAGCGUACGUGAAUCUGAAAGAAGCCUCUGACCUAUUGAGGUUCAGUUACUUCAGUGACAAAGGUGUUCAGAAUGCUUGUAGCUGUCACGUUUUGAUAAAGGAAUUAGUUAAGCGGGUGCAGCGUGCUAGGUAUGAAGAAUUCGUAAUAAGACUUGCGUCUGCAUACGAUGGUUAUCAAUUUGAUUUGCCUGCCUUCAUGGACUUCCGUGGUCGAAUCUACCGCUCAGGUGUAUUGCAUUUUCAUGAGCGUGAUUUGUCACGAAGUUUAAUAGUGUUUGCCGGUCAACCUAAAGCACUAAACAGCCAGUUGGCUAAGACUAUAAGUCAAGACUUAGCAUGUGCAGCAGCCUUUAAGUAUAAGAAGUUCUUUAACUUAGAUGAUGCAUUUAAAUGGUAUAACGAACACCAGAGUCUAAUGUUAGCUUCGGACGAAAGUUUAAUGAAAUUUGCAGUGCAAGCUAGUGAUCCAUUUCAGUUCCUAGCCAAGAUCCUGUCUAAGGAUAUAGUUAGUAAUUAUCAUAAGGUUCCAGUGACACAAGAUGCUUCUGCGAGUGCUUAUCAAAUUAUGAGUUAUCUCUUGCUUAACCAAGAAAUGGGUAGGCGAACGAAUCUUCUUCCAUCAUCAGACGGUCAAAUCCAAGAUGUGUACAUGUGCUUGCAGGAAGAGCUUAAGAAGUUCUUGGUUACAAGAUUGGAUGCUAAUAAGUAUGCAGUCAUACUUUCUAUGUUAACGAGAAAGCUCGUCAAAGGAUUGUUUAUGCCAUUAAUAUAUGGUAAGACAGUCUCGAGCAUGGCUAAGGAUAUAAUGGAUCAUUAUGGAUCAUUGCUAAGUCAUAAGGAUAGCUAUGGCCUCGCUGUACUUUGCUAUGAAUUUUUGAGCUUGAAAUAUCCAGACAUAGUCAAUUUGCUCAAUUUGAUUAACCUAAUCGGUUGGUUUUGUUCAAAAUUGGAUAAACCUGUGUUCUAUAGUAUACCUUACAUCACUACUGUGCAGGACUAUAUGCGUAGCAAAGCAACGGAUAUAUGGCUUUAUGAUAGGGUAAGCAAGAAGAGACGUCGGGUUACUCUCCGAGUGCCUACGCCGGAUAGGGAUAGUCGCAAGACUAAAGUGGCUACCUGCGUCAACUUUAUUCAUCAGAAAGAUGCCUAUAUAGCUAUGAAAGUGGUAGAGGAACUUCUUUUGAUUCAAGGAGCGCCGGUGUACACGGUACACGAUAAUUUCAUAACCACUGCUCUUUACGCAAGAAUGGUUCCCGAAAUCUAUACAGGUGUAUUUGUAAAUAUGGGUGCUCCACUUCGAUUCAUAAAUCAGUUUAUUAAUAGGAAUCUGAUCUUGCCAGACUUCCCGUUUUACAUGGAUUUAUCAGACUCACCUGAAGAAAAGGCUUCUGCACGCAAAAUAGAAGAGCGGUUGCCGAAGAACCCAAGCAAUUAUGUCUUUCACUGGGUGGAAGAUCCUAUUCCAGGUGAGGAUAUUAGAUAUUUUUUGGAUUAUCUCAUGCCUAAGGAUUUGAGUAAAACAGAGAGAAUCAAAUGGGAUAGAAAUAUAUCUGCUACAGUGAGUUGUUACGAGAAAUAUUGCAAUACUGUGUGCGGUGAAGCUCAUUUUAAGAUGCCAUCGGAUGGUGGGAAACGUCAUGCUGAGAAGUGGAAUGAAUUUAAGGCAGAUCUCUCGAGAUGGGGGAAUCUCGGGUGUAACUACAGCGUGCACUACUAA